CUAAGAAAAAUUUCUUGGGUUUGUUUGGCUGCAGUACUGUUCACUCAUGCCUUAAAAACACUGCACAGAAACUGGGAUUGGGAGUCAGAGUACACAUUGUUUAUGUCAGCUUUGAAGGUAAAUAAGAACAAUGCAAAACUAUGGAACAAUGUGGGGCAUGCAUUAGAAAAUGAAAAGAAUUUUGAAAGAGCUCUGCAGUUCUUCAUACAAGCCACGCAAGUGCAACCAGAUGACAUUGGUGCCCACAUGAAUGUAGGAAGAACUUACAAAAACUUAAACAAAACUAAAGAAGCCGAAGAAUCAUAUAUGAUUGCUAAAUCAUUGAUGCCACAGAUUAUUCCAGGUAAAAAGUACGCAGCAAGAGUUGCUCCUAACCAUCUGAAUGUUUAUAUUAAUCUUGCAAACUUAAUUCGAGCAAAUGAAUCUCGCCUUGAAGAAGCAGAUCAAUUAUAUCGACAAGCAAUUAGUAUGAGGCCAGAUUUCAAGCAGGCUUACAUCAGCAGGGGAGAAUUACUUUUGAAAAUGAACAAACCUCUGAAAGCUAAGGAAGCUUAUCUUAGAGCUCUAGAACUAGACAGAACCAAUGCAGACCUGUGGUACAACUUGGCAAUUGUUUACAUUGAACUGAAAGAUCCAGCAGAAGCCCUGAAGAAUUUCAACCGAGCGCUAGAACUCAACCCAACACAUAAACUGGCAUUAUUCAACUCAGCACUGCUAAUGCAGGAAUCUGGUGAUGCUCGGCUUAGACCUGAAGCUAAACAAAGACUGCUACAUUAUGUGAAAGAAGAACCACAGGAUGCAAAUGGGUACUUCAAUUUGGGCAUGCUGGCAAUGGAUGACAAAAAAGAUAUGGAAGCAGAGGCAUGGAUGAAGAAAGCCAUAAGGUUACAACCAAACUUCCGAAGUGCUUUGUUCAAUUUGGCACUGCUUUAUUCUCAGACAGGAAAAGAAUUGAUGGCUUUGCCUGUCCUGGAAGACCUGCUGAGAUACUACCCUGAUCAUACCAAAGGUCUGAUUUUGAAAGGAGAUAUCCUUAUGAACCAAAAGAAGGAUAUCGUUGGAGCAAAAAUGUGUUUUGAAAAAAUUUUGGAACUGGAUCCCAAAAAUGUACAAGGAAAACAUAAUCUUUGUGUGGUUUACUUCGAAGAACGAGACUUAAGAAAAGCGGAAAAAUGUUUGGUUGAAACGCUAGCACUGGCACCUCAUGAAGACUAUAUUCAGCGUCAUCUAAGCAUAGUUAGAAGUAAAAUUGCAUCACUGAGUGCUACGGAACAGUCAUCACUUCCAGCAGACGGGACUGCAGCUGCAGAAGAAAAAAAAAAAAUUCAAAAUUUGAAAGAAGUAAAAAAUGAGCAGAAAACCACCCAAACAACAGUUGAUAACAAUAAAGGGCACUCAAAAAAUAAGAAACGAACAGAGAAAACCAAUAUGGACAAAGAGACUCCCAAAAAAUCUACAAAAGAAAUCAAAGACAUUGAGAAAAAGAGAGUUGCUGCUUUGAAAAGACUAGAAGAGAUUGAACGUAUAUUAAAUGGUGAAUAGUCUUUAUCAUGUCACAAUAGAAUAAGGGGAGAAUACUAUUUUUAAUUAUUGUUUGACAUGUGAUCCAACUGGAAAGUGGUCUCAGUGCUUUGAAAUUAAAAAUAAUGUUGGCUGCGUAUCACUUAGCAAACAGCAAAAGGCAUUACAAUGCUUUAUGUGAGAAAACUGCAACUUUUAAAUAUGAUGUGGGGGAU